UAUAACUUAUUAAAUUAAUAUAAAAAAUAAGAUUACGAAAUAAAAAGCCAACACGUCUGGAAAAAUUGAGAAAAGGCGUUAAUACAAUUGCCACACUAAUUUAUACUAUAUUUUAUUAGCUGUUAUUUUUCUUUUAAUUUGUUUAAAUUUUUUUUUUUGAACGAAAUUCAAAUCAAAAAAAAAAAACCCCAAAAAGUGUAUUCGCAACCUCUUCUACGUGGUUGUGGUUUAAUUCCAAAGAUAAAAAAGACGCGAAAGUGUUUAAUAAUCACAAAAACAUAAAAAAAAACAAAUAAAUGUAAAAUAGUACGUAAUACUUCUAACACUUGUGCCACAAACAUUCUCUAAACUACUCAUUACGAUAAAAUAAAACAGAAAAAGACUCCUCUUUGAUUUUGUUAAAAAGAGCAAACCCUCAACUCAAAACCGUACUCGUUAAACGCGGAACAGACGAUAGUUUAAACAUUCGGGAAUCCCUGAACGCAUCCAAUAACCAAUGUGAAGUUUUUUCCAUAUCUCAAAAUUUGUCUGCAUUAAAUAGCUAAUUACCACAGGAUAGAGUACUUCUAUUCCCUCAGAGAUUAACAGUUGAACUUGCAUUUAGUACACAAACUUCUACUGGAUUCGCUACAUAAUUAUUUAAAAGAUUCUUUAAGUGCUAACUUGAACACAAAAACCACACAGUUCUUGAAAUAUUCUUAAAACUUCUAUAACAACAACACUUCAAUCCAUGAUGAAUACUCAGUCAAAGGGCUAUCGUGCAGGUGAAGAAAUUUAUGAUAAUAUGCCCUGUGACGGCUUUUUCAACAUGAAUGCUAUGCGGAAUUUGAGCAUUCCAACAACUUUCCCGCCCAUUAGCACCUUUACCUUGGAUUCAACUCUUGGCGGACCGCCACAGUCUCAGGGACCUACUCUACAACAACAUCCUAAUAUUGGCAUUUUUGAUUCCAAUGACGUUCCUGAUGUUAUACAAAACCCGGCAACAAUUGGAGUUUUCCAGUCGAAUAGCGUACUUAGCAAUGGAGCUGGAAAUUCUUCAUCCGUAUAUAAUUCGCAAUCGAAUUCUUCUUCGGUUAAUAACGAUCCAAGCCAAGCAACUCGUGAGACUGGAAUUAUUGAAAAACUCUUGCAUUCUUAUGGAUUUAUUCAAUGCUGUGAACGUCAGGCUCGUUUAUUCUUUCAUUUCUCGCAAUUUAGUGGAAACAUAGAUCAUUUAAAAAUUGGUGAUCCUGUUGAGUUUGAGAUGACUUAUGAUCGUCGUACAGGAAAACCAAUUGCUAGUCAGGUCUCAAAAAUUGCACCGGAAGUAGUUUUGUCUGAAGAGCGUGUUACCGGUACUGUUACUACUGAGUUACGUACUGAUUGUGCAAAUAAUUUGUUAAUAUCUAGCGAAACUACUGGCAGAAUUAGUUAUGAGAAUCGUGGCGAGUGUUUCUUUUUACCGUAUACCAAAGACGAUGUAGAGGGAAAUGUUAAUUUACGUGCGGGCGAUAAAGUAAGCUUUCAGAUUGCAACUAACCAAAGAGGAAACCUAGGUGCUUGCCAUAUACGUUUGGAAAAUCCCGCUCAACCUGUUAAAUAUCGAGGUGUUGUAUGUUCCAUGAAAGAAUCCUUCGGUUUUAUUGAACGUGCAGAUGUUGUUAAAGAGAUAUUCUUUCAUUUUUCUGAAGCUGAAGGAAAUGUUGAAUUGCGUCCAGGAGACGAUGUUGAGUUUACUAUACAGACACGCAAUGGUCGAGAAUAUGCUUGCAAUAUAACUCGUUUGCCUCCAGGCUCAGUUAUUUUUGAAGAUGUCGAUUCAACAAUUUAUAAAGGCCAGGUAUUAAAACCUUUAGAUAGGAAUAAUCCUACACGCCAAACCAAUGAUCCUUUACCUGGACGCAUACGAUACAGAGCUCCUGAUUAUUCUGAAGUUGAGGUACCAUUUGGAGACAAAGACCAGAAGGGAGAUUUUACGCUUCGUCAUGGCGAUUGGGUACAGUUUUUAUUAGCUACUGAUCGUCGAGAUCAGUUGCAGAGGGCUACAUCAAUUUCUUUGCUUGAUGAAACAUUUAAAGUAUCUGGAGAAAAGCGUGAACAAGGUGUAGUAGCUUCAAUUAAGGAAGGUUUUGGAUUUUUACGUUGCGUUGAACGUAAUGUGCGUUUAUUUUUCCACUUUACUGAAGUGUUGGAUACAACCCGGGAAAUUGCAGCCAAUGAUGAGGUAGAAUUUACUGUAAUUCAGGAACCCGGAGUUACAUACAACAAUUCACGCUUGCAUGCUAUACGUAUCAAGCAUUUGCCACCAAACACUGUGCAAUUUGAAACUUUAAUGGCUAGCAAUAUAGAAGGAUACGUUACACGAGAGGCUCCUAAAAGUCCUGUCAAAUCACAGGAUCGCGUAGAAGGCGGGGUUAUUACUUACGAUCAUGGGGAAAGCAAAAAGACUAUUAUGUAUUUUCUUAAAGACUGUGAAAAACCACCAAGAAUUGGAGAUCGUGUACGAUUCGACAUAUACUUGGUAAAACGAAACAAAGAAUUAAUUGCUGUAAACGUACAGCAAGUGCAUCAAAUGCAACAACAGAUGCAACAGCAGCAGCAUCAACAGCAACAACAGCAGCACUUGGUCAACAGUACAACGAACAUGCAACACAUGCAAAAUCAAAAUAACGAGCAAAUGAUCAUGUCCAAUGGACUGGGAAAUAAUGGCAUGAUUAUGCCAGAGAGGCAAAACGGUUAUAUGCAAAUGUCUAAUACUCAAAUAAUUUCUACUCCAAAAAUCGAAGAUUAUAAAAUGGACAAUAAUAAUUUGUCAACCAAUGAAACUGGGCAAACUUAUCGUGGUUUUAUAGCAGUGAUUAAAGAAAACUUUGGUUUUAUUGAAACUCUAACCCAUGAUGAAGAAGUAUUUUUCCAUUUUAGUAAUUUUGUUGGCAAUCCUAAUUGGUUGGAACUCGGUCAGGAAGUGGAAUAUACACUUUCACCAACCGGCAACACUUCUGUGAGUGGUAAUUGCUUACCAGCAGAAAAUGUGCGAACAUUGCCAAAGGGCUCAAUACCUCAGCCAAUUGUUUACGACGGUGUGCAUAAUGGCGUGGUUGCACGACCAUUGCGUUGUAUUAAUCCCGAUCAACAGGAAUACGCUGGUUUAAUUGAGAUAUUUGACGAUUCAAAGGCAACAGUUAUAUCCAAGCAUGAAUUUGGCAUAACUAGUUUAGUUAAUAAACGUGAUUUGUUACAAAAAGGUGAUUUGGUUACAUUCAAAAUAGAUGAAACUGGUCGCGCUGCCGAAGUCACUGCCGUACGUCAAAAAAAUCGCGCUACUGUUGAUUCGAUUAAAGGGCAAUUCGGUUUUCUAAAUUUUGAAGUUGAGGAUGGUAAAAAAUUGUUCUUCCAUAUGUCGGAGGUACAAGGUAGCGCUGUAGCUCUACAUCCAGGAGACACAGUCGAAUUUUCUGUUGUCACAAAUCAGCGAAAUGGAAAGUCAUCUGCUUGCAAUGUGGUUAAAAUAAAUGAUCGUCCCGAUCGUUUGAUCUCACGACUAAAACUCAACGCUGAUGAUAGUGUACCACGCUUGAUUAUUAUACGCUCACCUAAAGGCCCGCAAGUAAAAGGCUUUUUGCCACAAGCUCGUUUUACACGCAUUCCAGGAAUAUUGGUGGAGUAAAUUGAAUGAAUAUAAAUGCAAUUAUUAAUCAAAUAAAUUAGAUUCACUGAUGGAAAAAUUCGCAUCUUAAAACUUAUUAAAGUAUUUAUUAUUAAAAUAGUUAUUACAUAUGAGAACGUGAAAAUAAAAAUUGUUGCUGCUGCGAAGUUUCAAUUUUACUCUAAA